GCAGUGUAACCUGAGACCACUCUCAUCCCCUCCGACUCCUCAUUCCCCUCUCUCUCACGGUCUCUCUCCAACUAAAACCCUAGGUCUGGGGGUGGCGGCGGCGGCCAGCAAGGGCAGCGGUGCCGGCAGCGAGCAAGGGAGGCAGGGAGCAAGAGAGGCGACGAUGGGGUAGGGGCGACGCCGAAUUCGCUGCUGGAUAAAGCGGGUAGGGGCGAUGCAGGAUUCGCUGGGUGGAGUUGCAAUGGCCCCUGAGAAACAACCGAGCUGGCUUAAAGAGGGGAUGGACCCGUGCACGAGCUUCAAUUUAGAAAUCAGAAUUUUUAGCCCGAAUAGUCGAUGCAGAUGGUUUAGCUUUGACAUGGUUAUAGACUCUGACACAAUAAACUUCAAAGAUCUAGUUGAUGUAAUGUUGGACAAAUACCCUUGUGGUUAUGGUGACCUAGUGAAAGUGUUUUACUACUGUGCUGACACCAAAUCCAACAUCCAAGUCCAAUCUGACCAAGACUUGCUUCAGAUGUUUGCUAAGAAUGUUAGUACCAAGAUGUGUUGUAUCUCCCUUGCAUACUAUCCUCCUAAUUGUGACCAACUAGUGAUACCACUUUGGGAAGAGGAUGUCGAAGUACCAUGCACCCCCUCAAUGGCAGUUCCAUGCCAAGUGGAACCUAGCCAGACAACUCUGAAUGGUAGCAAAGAUGUCCUUAAAGCAAAAUCUGUAGACAACGACAUAUUGAACCUAGAACCUGAAAAUGAGCAUUUGGGUGAUGAUGAUGAUGAUUUAGGUGCUGGUCAGCCAAAUGUUGAGCCUUCUGAUGACUUGCAUGAAUUGUCUUUCUCUGAUUCUGAAUAUGACCAUGAUUCUGACUCUGAUUAUGAAGACGAUGAGGGAGAUGAGAUGGUGCAAGAUAUUGUUCCACCUCAUAAUCCUGAGGUAGUGUAUGAUAAGGAUGACCCGCCUAUGGCAGUAGGAACUAUAUAUCCAGGCAUGUCUGAAUUUAAGUUGGCUUUAGCAUCACAUGCAAUCAAGUAUGAGUUUGAGUAUACAAAGAAAGGAGCAAAGAAGCAGAAGACUGUGCCUCAACAGAAUACAAGUCCUACUAUGAAUACUAGAAGCAAAGUAUCUACUUCCCCUUCUAGCCCUGCAACGGGAACUAGAAGCAAAAGGAAGCUAAAUGUGUCCUGAUAUGUGGAAUUUGGCAUAUUAUUUUGUUUAUUACCAUGUCGGCACCAAAUCUGUGGGAGGCAAAAAAAAAAUUGUAAUUUGCCCUUGCUGGCAAAUCUUUUGCUUUGGGUUGUGAACAUUGUAUUCAACCUGGAUUGUGAACUUAUUAGGAUGCUUGGACAUGGAUGAACUGGUUAAUGCCAUGUUGCAUGAAAAACAAGUCAUGGCCAACAUAUUUCAUCUA